AAUGUCUAAUAUUCUAAGGAUAUGUCCAAAAUGUUAAGCAAGUCCAGCCACAAUCUAGUGUAUUGAUUGCUAAGAAAAAAUGUGUUAUUAAUGUGAAUAGAAUGUACAUUCAAAAUUGAAAUAACAUAAAACAGAUAUCAUUCCUUAUUCAUGUAAAAAAAUUAUUAAAAAAGAGAUGAAACAGAUUAAUUCGACUUAAUUUAUCAACAGUGGUAUUUAAGACCACUCAAAUAGAUCAUAAGAAUUAUAGCAAGAACUUAAUGAAUUAGAAUCAAUUAUUGAAGCCAAAAAAGUAUUUCUUGCUAAAUAAGAAGAAAAAUGGAGUACAUAAAUCAAUUCUCUUGAAACUUAAUAUGAAAAGAAAUUAAAAGAAUUUGAAAAAGAAAUUGAAUCUAAUGAAAAUUAAUUUCAAAAUUAUUAUUCAAGUGGAAAUACUACUUUCUAGAUUGCUGAUAUAAAAAAAUAAAUGGAAACAUAAAUGCAGUAAGUAAUUAAUUAAUUAAUAGAUAAGCAUGGAAAGAAUUAAAUGAUAAAAAAGCUAAAUUAUAAGAAAAAGAAACAUUACUCAAAGACAUGAUUUAAACAGAGUAAUUUUGUUCUUAAGAAAUUGCAUAGAAGGAGAAAUUAAUGAAUUAAUAUAAGGAUUUAUUAUAAUAAUAAUAAGUUGAAAGAGAUUUAAUAAGUGAGGAAAAUUAAAAGAUUAUGAAAUAAUUAGAAUCAAUAAAAAACUUAUGUAAAAAAAGUUUGCCUGAGUUUGGUAUUAAUGUUGAUUUUUUGGAUAAAUUAACUAGAAUGAAUAAGUUAAAAAAUACAAAAUAAGUAGAAGAAUAAGAUGAGGAAUAUGAAGAAGAAGAUUAAAAUUAAGAAGAAGAAAUGGAUGUUGAAGAGAAAGAAAAUAAUUAAAAUAAAUAGGAAGAGAAUGAAAAUUAAUAAUAGUAAGAGUAAAAAUGA